AUGGCGGACCGGAGGGCGCCACAGUGGCCCUUUGUACUGGAGCCGAUGCCUCCAGGCAUGACUUGCAAGCGCUGUUGCAAGGCCAAACUACCUUCCAAGUGUUUGGCAAACCACAAGAGCAAGUUUCUGAAGUUCUCCACAUCCUUGGACAGCAGGCGCUGGGUAUUCGUGAAAGAGGGGCUCGAUGACUUCAGGAAAGGCUGUCCGCCUUGCGAGGGUAUGGUCACUCGCGGCCCGAAGGAGGCCUUUCUCCCUGUGAUUUCUCACCGAGUUCCCCGACCUGCCCCUGCAAAGAGAAAGCUGCCCUCGAAAGCAGGCCUGUUUCCCACGCUCUCGCAGGCCCAGCUGGCACGCAAGGCUUUUGUAGAGGACAUGGAAGCGCAACUGACAAAGCAUCCUUUGGCUAGCUACCCAAAUCUGGAGGAAGAUCUACCUGCAGAUCUCUUACUGAAGGUGCUGGAAGAGCUGGACCCUGAGAGGAAGCUGGAGGACACCUGGGCUUAUUGUAAGGGCAACAGGGAAAAACCCAAGACGCCCAUAAAGGUUUCUAAGCGCCGCAUUUCAAGAGCCUUCUUGGAGCCUCUCAAGGCGCCUGCUUCACAUCCAGACAAGUUACGUCAAAGGUCAAGCAUAUAUGAAUUGCAUGAGGGCACUGUUCUUCGUGCAGUUGUACCGAGAAUGGUCUGUGACUUUUGCAAAUGGGCGGCUGCUUCCGGGUACCAAGACAUUGAUGAAGACUACGUGAUCCAACAGUUUACCAUCAGCCAUAAGUGGAAACCAGGCUUUAAAGACUACUGCAUGGUGAAUGUACACGAUGUUCAUCCAGAACUAAAGCACGUCACAGAGCUCCAUCAAAGAGAUGAAAUGAAAUGCUCCACAGACGAGCUAGGCUGGGAAACUCAACUCCAGGAAACGCCAGAGAUUUGGAAGACAACCAGGGUGAAGAUGAAAUAUGGAGCAUGGUACCUGAAGACCAAGUUGUGGAAAAAGCUAAUGAGUAAUGAACCUUUGAUUGAUCCUAAGAUCAUCCUUGAAGCUGAACGAGAGAGGAUGAAACCAGACAUUAUUGAUGAUCUUUAUGGAACAAUUGCCUUUAAGGAUUUCAUUCUAAGCAGGGGCUACAGCAUGCCCCAUAUCCUGGAGAAGUUGUUCACUAGGAAGGGAUGGGAUUAUGAAUCUGUCAAGACCCCUAUAUCUAAAGUUACCAGAAUCCACUUAAAACUAGGAGAACGUACAGAGGAAGAUGAUAUGACAAUUCUCCAGUGA